UGUUAGUUUAACUAUCAAAUCAAGCCCUGCUUGUUGGAACACUGCAGCUGGCUAGCCGUUUACCUAGCUAGCUAGCUAGCCUAACGUCAUCAUCACAUCAUCCCAACCCCUGGCUAGGGUGGCAUUUCAUCACUGUUAGCUAGCUAGCCGAAGUUAGCCUCUGUCAAAAAUGCAGAAGUAUGAGAAGCUCGAGAAAAUCGGAGAAGGUACAUAUGGCACUGUUUUCAAAGCUAAAAACCGAGAGACGCAUGAAAUUGUAGCUUUAAAAAGAGUUAGACUGGAUGACGACGACGAGGGAGUUCCUAGUUCUGCCUUGCGAGAGAUUUGCCUUCUGAAAGAGCUAAAACACAAAAAUAUUGUCAGGUUGCAUGAUGUCCUGCACAGUGACAAGAAGCUAACCUUAGUGUUUGAAUAUUGUGAUCAGGAUCUAAAGAAAUACUUUGACAGCUGCAACGGAGAUUUGGAUCCGGAAACUGUCAAGUCAUUCAUGUACCAGCUGUUGAAGGGCCUCGCUUUCUGUCACAGUCGGAAUGUACUCCACAGAGACCUGAAGCCCCAAAACCUCCUCAUCAACAGAAAUGGGGAACUGAAGCUGGCUGACUUUGGCUUAGCUCGAGCCUUUGGAAUACCAGUGAGGUGUUACUCCGCUGAGGUGGUGACGUUGUGGUACAGGCCUCCAGAUGUACUUUUUGGUGCUAAACUGUAUUCUACCUCCAUUGACAUGUGGUCUGCCGGAUGCAUAUUUGCAGAGCUGGCGAAUGCUGGAAGACCUUUAUUCCCGGGUAAUGAUGUGGACGACCAGUUGAAAAGGAUCUUCAGAUUGUUGGGUACACCAACUGAAGAACAAUGGCAGACAAUGACAAAGCUCCCAGAUUACAAGCCGUACCCCAUGUAUCCAGCCACCACUUCCCUGGUGAAUGUUGUUCCUAAACUAAGUAGCACGGGGCGGGAUCUGCUGCAGAAUCUGCUUAAAUGUAAUCCUGUCCAGAGGAUCUCUGCCGAGGAGGCCUUGCAGCACCCCUACUUUGCUGAUUUCUGCCCACCUUAGAUGCCAAAAUAUCAAUGGGUAAACCUCAGCCAUCAGUAUCAAUUCUCCUUCACUACAUCUAGUUAACAGGACCGGUCAUACUACAAGAUCCAUACUGCACCUGUGGAACAGACACUUCCCUACAUCCUCCUGUGCCUCCUUGUAGAACAAUGUUUUCACAGCUCUGCAAGACAUGGAUUAUGUAGAUUCUGUUAACUAGCAUGUCUUCUCAUUAGUCUGUUUCGAUGUUAUUUGAAGACUAUGGUUACAGGAACAGGACAUAUGUAGCAAUGAACAAAUCUGGACCUCAUAGACAGUUGAAACCCGAGCCAGAACAGAAAACAGAGAAAGCAGUAUGAACAAUUUUAAGUGAACUGAAGCAUAGCAAUUUGUUUAGAAUGCUUUGCUGUUUUGACAAAUUACUUCUGAUAACUUGUUAAUAUAAAGUUGAAUCAUUAAACAGUUAGACAUACUUCCACUGUCCUUCAUUAUCAUAAGGAGUUGAUUUGUAGAAGGAGAUUGUCAAGUGGACUGGGAAGCUUAUUUAUGUUUUUUUUUGGUUUCUGUUACCUCUCAGGCUUUGUAUUUAGCUUUUUGUAUUGUUUUAAACACUUUGUGUAUGGCAGUUCAUUUUUAAAUGUUUUAGGUCUCACCCCUACUGACUAUGUUGAACACUGAAAGAUAAGUUCCAGUUUGCGCCAACCAAUAUGUUUUGAAAAGUGGACCAUAAGCUUGAGUAAUUGCUUAAUUUCUAUUAAUUAUGUACAUCUUUAUUGAUCUAAUGUCUUACAACUCUUGUGAACAGGUUAAAUAAUUCCCACUGAUACCUUUUAGAGCAUGUAUAACAUUUGAGCCUUGUAUUGGCUAUGUUCUCAAGGUUAUAUAAUUGUGAGAAAUGGUUUUGCAAGCUCUGCCAUUGUUUUAUUCCAGAUAGUAAGUACUUUAGGCUUAAACAUAAAAAAACUUUGUUUUACUAAUAGAGAAAGGAUUUUUAUUUUAUCGAUGUAGGGCAUGAAAAAAUAGAAUGCAUGUAUUUAUGGGUAAUUGAAUGUCUGCUUGUGUGUAUUUGUAGUAUUCUUUGUUGUAUACAUUAUGACUUUUCAUGAGAUGUGCUUCUUUGAAUACUUAAAUGAGACUCUAGAAUCCUUAACAUUUCUCAAGGCACCGUUUAUACAUAAUGCCCCCACGUAUGUCUUUGUUUGGCUCUGUAGUGUCAUUUUCGAAGACACCAUGACAUCUGCUCAUCACAGUAUUUCUCAUGGUGAAAAAAAUGUCCUCAUCCUAUUUAAGAAAAACUGCUGUACGACAUUAGUUAAAACAACUCAUCUUAAUUUUGAAUGAAGAGUGAACUUUUGCACUUUCCUAGUAUCAGUUUUUGGUAGGACUUGCAGUCAGUGGUCUGUGUCAAUUUAAUUUACAAUGGUUCAAUAUUCAAUAAAAUGUACACACAA